AGUCUGUCUCCAACCAACAUUACAGUUGCAGAGAUACACUCUCAUCCAUCCUCAAAUAGAUUUCAUUAUGAAUUCAUCUCUCAAUUCUCUAAUAAUUUCCCCACAUAUUCUGUUCCAGCUCAUUAAACUCUUCGUAUAAAGCCCUAGCUCAAUUCAAUCCCUGAUUUCGCUCUCAAUUUAAUUCCCUCGAGCUCACUUUUUCCCAAUUGAAUACCCAGAAAUUGGGGGCGAGAUCGUGCCAUGACGACUCGAGGGAGCAGAUCGGAGAAAGUGAGGCGAAUAUUCCGGCAAUUUGACGUGAACAGAGACGGGGGCUUGAACCGGGAGGAGAUGGCGGCGCUUGUGGUGGCUGUGAAUCCUAGGGUUAAGUUCAGCGACGAACAGAUUAGUGCAAUUCUCGACGAGGUUUUCCGCACCUACGGCGAAUUCAUCGACGGCGAGAAAGGCCUCACCUUUGACGGACUCCUCCGCACCUACGACGACGGUGCCGGCGACGUGGACAGAGAUUUCGAAGCCCUCAGCCUCGAGCUGAAGGCGUCGGAGGAGGAUAAAAUCGAAGCUUCGGAGGAGGCGGCGUCGUCUUCCUCCGUCGUGAUGGAGCCUCUCAAGAAGCAGCGCACUGCUGCGUGGGCUGCUUCCCCUAACCACGGCAUUGUGUUCGAUGACACGUGGAACCUUGUAGAUGAUCUGGAGAGUCUUAUCAAUAGGUUGAAGACGAAGCAGAUGAAAGAUGGGAAGAUCAAGAAUGACAAUUCAGACGUUUUCUCCGAUCCGGGAUGGUCUAGAGAGCUCGGCCCGCAGUCUAGUGAGAUAUCAGACAAGAGAGUGGUCUGGGACGAGGCUUCUUCGGAUUAUGCAGCGUUCGUUAAGGAGUUAGGAGUCCUGAGGUCGAGGGCGGACAGAGCACGUUCGCCUGCUGAGGCGUUUGAUGGCCAAAUGGCCAUCGGUCGGGUGUUGUACGAGCAUUACCUGUUUAACGAGGCGUUGGUUAGUUUCAAGAGGGCUUGUGAAUUGACACCUUUUGAUGUGAAGUCUCAUUUUAGAGCAGGGAAUUGUUUGUAUGUUCUUGGCAUGCAUAGUGAGGCGAAAGCCGAGUUCUUGCUUGCUUUGGAGGCAGCAGAGGCUGGUGGGAAUCAGUGGGCUUAUAUUUUACCUCAGAUUCAUGUGAAUUUGGGGAUUGCACUUGAGGGAGAAGGUAUGGUUCUUGGUGCCUGUGAGCAUUACAGGGAGGCUGCGAUCCUCUGUCCGACUCAUUUCCGGGCUUUGAAGCUUUUAGGCAGUGCCCUGUUUGGUGUAGGGGAGUAUAAGGCAGCUGUGAAGGCCUUAGAAGAGGCUAUUUACAUGAAGAACGAUUACGCAGAUGCUCAUUGUGAUCUGGCUUCCGCGUUGCACGCCAUGGGCGAUGAUGAGAGCGCGAUCAAGGAGUUUCAGAAGGCGAUUGAUCUGAAACCGGGUCAUGUGGAUGCAUUGUACAACUUGGGAGGAUUGUAUAUGGAUAUGGGAAGGUAUCAGAGAGCCUCGGAGAUGUACACUCGUGUUUUGGCCGUCUGUUCGAGCCACUGGAGAGCGCAGUUGAAUAAGGCUGUCUCGUUGUUAGGAGCUGGAGAAACCGAGGAUGCUAAGAAAGCUUUGAAGGAAGCUUUAAAGAUGACAAACAGAGUGGAAUUGCAUGAUGCUAUAGCUCAUUUAAAGCAGCUGCAGACAAGGAAGUUGAGGGGGAAUGGUAAUGGCAAUGGUGAAGCAGCCUUUGUGACUGUGGAGCCCUCGAAGUUUAAGGCCGUGAGUGAGAAAACAACGUUAAGGCCGGAGCUAGCCAUCGCGCUUGACAUCAGAAACUUCCAGAGGGUCACUAGAUUGAACCGGUGUGAGGUUGAGAAGAUCAAGAAGGAAAUGAGUGAAGGGAAUGUCCCUAUUUCCUACUCCGGCAGUGGCAUGCCGGAAAAGUCCAUACGCAAAGCUUCACUCGAAGGAAUCCUCCACAAGUUGCUUAGUUUCUUGAAGCCAGAAGCUUUUGUGGGAGCUGUCAAAGCUAUAAACCAGAAAAUCCUCUGUGUUUUAGACGAAACAGAGUCUGGCCGGGUGGAUUUGGGCAUGUUUUUCGCAGUGCUUGCUCCUCUCUGCGGCGGCUCUGCAGAGAACCGGAAGCAAACUGCGUACGAGUCACUCCUAUGGCGCCCCAUGAAUGAAGGCAAUGCGCAGAUCAAGAAAUCCGACGCUCAGAGAUAUAUCAAACUGUUAAGGAGGAUCUACAUUCCCACACAUGGCAUAAGUGAGAUCUUGGAAAUUCGUGGGGAGAGUGAUGAUAACUCGUUGGUUUCAUCGACAGAGUUCCUUGCGAUGUUUGAUAAUCAAGAAUGGGGCUUUGGCAUCAUGUCGACCCUCUUGAAGCUCGAAGGUGGAGAUAGGAGUCGCCAUGGCCACCACGUUUGUUGUACCUGUCGGUAUCCCAUAAUUGGGCCGCGUUUCAAGGAGACAAAAGCGCGCUUCAGUCUGUGCAGCCAGUGCUACAGUGAAGGGAGAGUGAGCUCUUCAGGCAAGCAAGAAGAGUAUAGGUUUAAGGAAUAUGCAAAUGAGGCUGUCAAGGAUAACUGCCUCUGGUUUGGUUCCAAAGGGUCCUAACUUUGUCUUAUUUUGUUUAAAUUUAGUGUAAAUCAUAGUAUUAAGGUUUGUGCACUAAGUCCUUUUGAUACGUUUGGGUCUGAAUUCUUUGUUUCAUUGCUUUGAGGUUUGGCAAUUGCUGUUGACUUCUACUCUCAAUAUACUCAAGAACUAUCACUUUCUUUGUUUGAAA